CAACAGUAACUAUCUUGAACCCCUCUACCAAUUCAUAAUCCAUCCAAUCUCAACCCUAACACCCCGAAUCCGAAACCAAACACCAAAAAUCAAAAUGAAUCUCAAACACCUCCUCCUCUUCAGCACCACCCUCGCCCCAAUCUCCCUAACCCUCGCCAAUCCCAAUCCCAACCCGGUCGGCCCCCGAAGCCCCCAAUCCACAGGCCUACUAUCCGACCUCCCGUCCCUCAUUGACAACCUAAAGGAACUCCUCAGUCAAGACACAGUCGAUAACCUGGAAACGAUCGUCAAGGGGGCAGCAGUGCUACUGGGCGGUGAUACGCCUCAGAAUCUGCAAAAGUUGUUGUCGAGUAGCAAUAUCGACAAGUUGCAGAAUAUUAUCGAUAAUGCGGACUUGUUGUUGACAACGUCGUUUGUUAAUGAGACGAGUGAGUUGAUUGGGGAUGCGUUGCCGUUGGUAACUGAUGUAUCGGCGUUAUUGACGGCGAUUAUGAAGACUGCUUGA